AUGUCGAGACAGUCACCGGAAGAGCUGACAUACCCUCAUUUCGCCCUAAUUUAUAUCGACCGAAAUGGCAAUCUCUGUCAGAGAUCGUCCGAGUCCAUCGCCGAGCGCCGGGAGAGAGUUCUCACUCCCAGAGUGAGGGCUGAAUUUCUCCGGGCUGUGGCAGUCUCUGGAGAGUUGCAAGCAGCCCAGAUUCAAUUGCCUCACACCACACCAGCGAACCAAGCGACAGAAUAUAACAACCACAGCCCUCAAUUACAGAGGCAAAUGGCCAACCCUAGUAGCGUGAGCAUAGAGCAGAGUGUGCAGAGUAUUCCCCAAACACAACCCGUCCAGCCUGAAGCGUGGUCCGCCCCCGAGUCCUGGUCUCACGGGCAAAGCUCACGACCCAGGAAGAAGAACUUUGGAGGGCAAAACCUCAACUUGAUUUCUCACCAAAAGGUCUCGAUUUUGGUUAGAGACCAAGAGUUCCUACGUCAUUACUAUGAGAAAAUUUUCCAAAACCUGCAGCAAACCAACUGCCGGGUUCUUGCAAAAGCCUACGUUAAACUAGUUGAGCCACGCAAGCAGGUCAACUACCCCUAUAAUGGACGAAAGAUAGUUGCAGGGAGAACUCAACAGCUGAGCCCAGAAGCGACAAAGCCUCCUUGGUGGCCAUCUGGGGUGAGCCACCGAGAGCCAGACCAUCUCCCCAAAGUUGAACGCAUUCGCCUUUUAGUCCACAUUUUAUGUGAACUACACGAAAGUCAUGGAAUCACAACGGCGAGACUGAAAGAAUGUGACCAGCCUAUUCGACGUCAGAUUCUUCCGGCCGAUCGUCUAGAAAUUCUAGACGAGGCAUACCGAGUCCGCGAGGAAGAAGUAAACUUUCAAACAGGAGUCAAAGAUGGAGACGAGCCUGUCUGGAUCUCUCGUGCCAACCUUCCCGACACGACAGAAGACACAUCCAGCGGACAAAGCUCCCCGACCGAACCAGAAUAUACCCAGACCACCGCCAAAUCAGAAUGCAGCGACGAAACGACCGCCGUCGAUGCUCUCGCCGUCGAUACCUCCAGAUUCCACGUCCCAUUCGAUGAUCCCCGAACGAACGCCUCCCCAUACCAUCCCAACCCCAGCCCCAACCCUUACAACCCACCGAUGCACAUAAGCCCUCACAUGCAAUACAUGCCUGUUGAGCCGUUUGCCAGCGGGUCCACCUCACCACUGGAGUUGAAACGAAAGCGCGAAGAGACUGCUGGGACCAACCUGGUUGAUCGCACCCGCCAAAUGGCCCCUACCCAGUUUACGGGAAACAUCAGCGCCCAAGUCUUCCCCAUGGCUAAUUACGAAGACCCUCUUGCCAUGUCUAUUCCUAUCUCACAGUCUGACCCAAGUACGCAGUCGGUGCCCGGGCCGUCUACGGAGCAGAUGAUGAGUUAUGGCUACCCUUAUUAUUUUGAUCACUGA